AUGUCUAAACUUGAUAUCGCAGUCGAAUUACACAAACCGGCAAGAAAAAAUUAUAAAAGGCGUAGAGUUAAAGUUUAUGGUAAAAUCGAUCUCUGGCAGGCCGACUUGGUCGAAAUGAUACCAUAUUCAAAGCAAAACAAGGGGCACAAGUAUAUUCUAUGCGUUAUAGACUGUUUUACAAAGUUUGCCUGGGCGAUACCAUUAAAAUCUAAAACUGCUAAAGAAGUUUCCAGUGCAAUGUCAAAAAUACUGCUUAAACGCACACCAAAACUAUUACAGCUCGAUAACGGCGAAGAAUUUAAUUCUACAUUCGACGCAUUGAUGGAGAAGCACAACAUUCAUAAAUAUUCGACUUAUAGUACUAUGAAAGCGAAAGCGUGUAUUGUAGAACGUUUCAACCGCACAUUGAAAGAAAAAAUGUUUAGAGAGUUUACAGCACGCGACUCUCAAGAAUGGUUAUCUAUUUUACCUUUAUUGGUUAACGAGUACAACAACUCAAAACACAGGACCAUAGGCAUGACACCAGUGCAAGCUGAUGCAGAUCCAACGACAGUCGAAAUUAAACAACGAAAAAUUGUUAAUGAAACAAUUAAAUUUAACGUAGGCGAUAACAUUCAUUACUUUAAAAACAAAGACAUACAUCCACAAAACAUAGAUUUAGAGGCUUAUAUAAAUACUAAAUUGGUAUACAUUGACAACCGUUUCAAAGCAUCGAUAACAACUUUAUACACAGAUCUAAUACAAAAACAAUGCGAAUUAGAACGUAAAGUGCUGCUACACAAACUAUCAUUAGCCACAUAUAGUUUAUCCGAAUUCGCAUACCAUAUGGGCGAAGGACCCGGUUAUAUGGCAUUAAAGGCUGGGGAAAUCAUUUAUCUACUAAAAUGUAAACCAGUAAACGGAUUGAAAUUUUUCUAG